AACACUUCUCGGGUGAAAUCCUUGUCAAUUGCUCCCCAAAAUAACGGUAAUCCGUCCACAAUUUUAGCUACCACUCAAAUCUCCCUCCCUCCCCUCUCUCUCUCCUCUCUCUCUCUCUCUCUCUCAAUGAGAGAGAAAGAGAACCAACAACAAAAACAACCACAACAAUGGUAGAACACCACCAAACACAUCCAACCAACUUUUCCUUCCUCUUCCUCCUCACAACCUCCUCCCUCCUCCAUCUCUCCUCCGCCGCCUCCACCACCAUCGCCACCUCCACCGCGUCCAAAGAUGACGCCGCGGUCAUGUCCAAACUCGCCAAAUCCCUCACCCCAACCCCCACCGGCUGGUCCACCUCCAACCCCUGCGACUGGACUGGCAUUGCCUGUGACUCCUCCGGCCACGUCACCUCCAUUUCCCUCUCCUCCAAAUCCCUCUCCGGCCAACUGCCCUCCGAAUUAAACCUGCUCUCUCACCUCAAAUCCGUCUCUCUCCAACGCAACAGCCUCUCCGGCCCCCUCCCUUCUCUCUCCAACCUCCCCUCCCUCCAACAGGCCUAUCUUGACAACAACAACUUCACCUCAAUCCCUUCCCCUUUCCUCACCGGCUUAACCAGCUUGCAAACCCUCAGCCUCAGCGAAAACCCCAAUCUACCCCCGUGGACCCUCCCCGAAACCUUAGCUGAUUCCACAACCUUAACCACUCUCUACAUUGGAAAUUCCAAUCUAGUCGGCACAAUGCCGGAUAUAUUUGCCUCGCUCCCGAGUCUUCAAAAUCUCAGGCUUUCAUAUAAUAAUUUAACCGGUGCUUUGCCACCUUCGUUUGCCAAGUCGGGGAUUCAGAACCUAUGGCUCAACAACCAGCGCAUUGGGAUUUCGGGUAGGAUCGACGUGCUUGGUUUAAUGUCGCAGUUGUCACAGGUUUGGCUACAUCAGAACCAAUUUUCGGGUCCAAUUCCUGAUCUUUCCCAAUCGACCUCCUUGUUUGAUCUUUCGCUUCGCGAUAACGAGUUAACGGGUCCUGUCCCGACGUCUCUGACUAUGCUCCCAAAAUUGGUUAACGUCUCGUUGCAAAACAACAAGUUACAGGGCCCACUACCUAGCUUUCCUAGUGGUGUUCAGGUGAGUCUUGGUGAAACUAAUAAUUUCUGUAAUCCGAAACCCGGCCCGUGUGACCCGCAGGUGACUACAUUGCUUGAAAUUGCAGGGGGAUUGGGUUACCCAAUGGGUUUAGCUGAAUCUUGGUCAGGGAAUAACCCUUGCGACGGGUGGAAAUCUAUUUCCUGUGACUCUAAAGGAAGUGUAACGGUGCUUAAUUUUGGGAAACAGGGUUGGAGUGGGAUUAUAUCCCCUGCUAUUGCUAACCUCACUGGAUUGACCACUUUGCUUUUGAAUGAUAACAAUCUUACUGGCACUAUUCCUCCUGGAUUGACAAAGUUGGCGCAACUCCGACUUCUUGAUGUUUCCAAUAAUAACAUUUCCGGUGAAGUACCGUCGUUUGGUUCGGGUGUAACAGUGAAGAUAUCUGGGAACCCGUUUCUUGGUGGGAAAAUUGUUUCUGCUGGAAAUGCAACUUCUCCUUCUCCUCCUUCUUCUUCUUCUCCUUCUUCUUCGAAUAGUAGCUCUCCGAGUGAAAGUUCAUCCGGUGGGACUACUGGUUCAUCAUCCGGUGGAACUGGAACUGGGACUGUUGGAACACGUAAAUCAUCCACAUCACUUUGGGUGAUUGUUGGUUCCGCUAUUGCUGCUGUGAUUGUGAUAGUAAUUUUGUCAUUGGUAGUUUACAUACGGGUUGUGAAGAAAAGGAGUAGGAGAUCCAAAUGGGCUUCAAAAGGCAAAGAGAAAUCGAAAAAGGGUGGAGGCUCUGGAAGUGAAAUGCCUAGUCAAAGUAGUGCUGAUAACACCGAUAUCCAAGUUCAUGAUGGUGGCAACGUUGCCAUCCCAAUAGAAGUACUCAGGGAAGUGACCAAUAAUUUCAGUGACGAUAACAUUUUGGGCCGUGGUGGAUUUGGUGUUGUGUACAGAGGACAACUACAAGAUGGGACCCAAAUUGCGGUUAAGAGGAUGGAAGCAAUGGUGUCGAGUUCGAAGGGGCUCAGUGAGUUCCAAGCUGAAAUUGCAGUUCUAUCAAAGGUCAGGCACCGACAUUUAGUCGCACUUCAUGGGUUUUGUAUCAAUGGGAGUGAAAGGCUUUUGGUUUAUGAGUACAUGCCUCAGGGGACAUUAGCCCAGCAUUUGUUCAGUGAAAUGGGAUUACCUCCGCUUACAUGGAAGCAAAGAGUCACCAUAGCCUUGGAUGUUGCCAGAGGGGUUGAGUACUUGCACGGCUUAGCGCAGCAGAGUUUCAUUCACAGAGAUCUAAAACCCUCUAACAUACUACUUGGAGAUGACAUGAGAGCUAAGGUGUCUGAUUUUGGAUUGGUUAAGAACGCGCCAGAUGGGAAGUGCUCGGUGGAGACUAGGUUGGCUGGAACAUUUGGUUAUUUAGCGCCAGAGUAUGCUUCGACAGGGAGAGUGACAACAAAGGUUGAUGUUUUCGCAUUUGGGGUGGUGCUUAUGGAAAUAAUCACAGGUAGAAAAGCGCUAGACGAGAGCUUACCAGACGAGAACAGCCAUCUAGUUACUUGGUUCCGAAGGGUUCUUAUUCUUAAUAACAAGGACAGCAUCAGGAAAUCACUAGACCCCGUGCUGGAUCCAGAUGAAGAAACCUUUGAAAGCAUAUGCAAAGUAACGGAAUUAGCAGGACACUGUACUGCUAGGGAGCCUUUGCAGCGCCCGGAUAUGGGUCAUGUGGUGACUGUGUUAUCUCCCCUGGUGGAGCAGUGGAAACCAACCUCCCAAGAAGUAGAAGACAGCUUUGGCAUUGGCUUUGGAAUGAGCCUUCCUCAAGCAAUACAACAGUGGCAAUUGGGUGAAGGUACUACCGUGAUUCCCAGCGGUUACCAUUAUAGUUACAACACACCUAUAAGCACGCCUGAGGGAACUUCGGGGUUUGCUUUGGGUCCAAGAGAUGGGCGAUGAUUAAAACGGAGCUGUAAAAGCCAAAGUAUAUAUUGAGACGGGUUUCCGCAAUGUUUUUAAAAAUUCUUUCAUGUACCUUGAAAUGUUUUCAAUAAUUCUGUUCAUACACCAAGGGACAGAUAAGUUGUCGAAUAGAGAUGACAAAUGUGGUACAGAGAUAACUUUGGUCAUGUAGAGGUGGAAAGGAACUAAAAUGAUAUGAUCACUGAAGUCAAGGACGAUCACAAGAUUCCUUA